AUGGUGACGACCUGUACCUACAAUGCACGUACACUUGCAUCCGAGUCCUCGAUAGAAGAUUUGCUCAUGGAAGCAAGAAGUAUAAAGUACGACGUCAUCGGCAUGGCCGAGACGAGAAGAUGCCAGCCUUUCAACGCCGUCUAUGACACCGGAGAAGAAUUGUUCCUCGGAACAUGCGACAGUAAAGGAGUCGGCGGCGUCGGCGUUCUCGUCAACACGAGUUUGUCCACGAGCAUCGAUCCAUUCGAACAACUUACAACCCGAAUCGAACGUUUACGAUUAAGAAGACGUGGAUCAAUUCCGGCCUUGACAAGCUUCGUCGUUUACGCGCCGACGUCAAGCUAUGACGAAGAAGAAGUCGAAGCGUUCUAUAUGGACUUGGAGAAGUUCUACAGAGAAGACAACACAUUUUUCAAGAUUGACGCAUGUUUUGAACAACUGCGAUUGCAUCUGGAAGGCACGGAACUUUCGGCAAAAGGACAGAAGUCACUUCUCAUCGAAAUAAUAGAUAUUGAGAGCCUUGUUGAGAAUGUUUUUGCAUCCGUCGAGGAAAUUAGACGAACGACAUUAAGUGCCGGAGGGCGUGGAGAGGAGGAGCACCUAGCUCUGAUGUCCUACUAG